AUGAAGAGUGAAAAUACUCCCAGCCCACCAAUUACCCAACAAGCAGACAGCUAUCUUGCCGAAAAUCCAGACAACGACCCGGCUACCAGCGUAUACAGCAUCUUUGUCGGCAUCAAUGAUAUGAUUGCAAACGAGGCACCCAACGACGUUAUUUCGUGUAUUCAAAGUCAGAUAACUAGAUUGAAUCAACAAGUGCAGGGCAAGCAGUUCUUGAUAUUCAACAUGGUUCCUUUUGAUCACAGCCCUCGGAUAAUACAAGACAACCAAGCCAAUUCUGCGGCACAGUGGAUUGAUGAAUUCAACCAGAACCUCCAUACAUCCAUGUCCUCUUUGCAGCAGCAAUACUCGAAUUUAACAAUUGUCGUGAUUGAUACGCAUGCCACGCUCCUCAACGUACUCAAUCAUCCAGCCGACUUUGGAAUCACCAAAGGCGUCACUGAUUAUUACACGCAUGUGAGCCCAGACCCUGGAUCUAGCGGUGGCCAGAUGCUCCAGAAUGGCAACAAGUACUUUUGGUUUGAUAAUGCGCAUAUCACCAGCAUUGUCCACGAGCAAAUUAGCAAAGCUGUCGUUGCCCAGCAACCGUUCCCAUAUCUUCCACUCAUGGGUUCUCCUAGCUCGCCCAGCAACCCAAUGGAUCCUCACUAUACAUCUCCUCCUUCUACAGCAUCCUCCACUGCACACCGUAAUUACGCGCUGGCCACGUUCUUGAUCGCUCUUGCUUUACUGUCAUAG